GUCAGUUCCAUAACCAAAACGAAACGUGAAAUUCUCAAAUUCACCCAGAUUUGUUUUACUUCAUUUACAAAUUUUUACAGUUAAGAAUUGCUGUUAUUUUACAGUUUAUAAGUUUAGAAUUACAGUUUGGAUAACUUAAGUUAUUCAGUCUUAAAUUGUUAUGCUAAAGGCAAAUAAAAGGGUUCUUUGUGUUGGAGUUGUGUGUGUUGACAGCAUUCAAGUUUGCAAAGACUUUCCACUAGAAGAUUCAGACGAAAGAAGUAUUGAUCAUAGAUGGCAGAGAGGAGGAAAUGCUUCCAACAACUGCACUGUAUUGGCUCGGUGCGGCCAAGCAUGCGAGUUCAUUGGUACCAUGAGCGACGACCUUAUGGCUAAAUUUGCCAAACAAGAUUUUGAGAAAGAGAACAUAAUAAUUGAAAAUGUUGUGAAACACAAUAUCUAUGAAACUCCAUUUUCUUCUGUCAUUAUUAACUCCAAAAACGGCUCACGAACAAUUAUUCAUUCAAAUAAAGGAAUGCCAGAAUUGACAUUGGAGGAUUUUAAGAAAAUAGAUACAAACCAAUAUCAUUGGAUUCAUUUUCAGGGUCGGAAUGUCAGUGAAGUGAGCAAGAUGUUGGCACAUUUAAAACAGCGGAACACAAAAUAUCCAGGUGUAACUACUUCUGUUGAGUUAGAAAAAGCCAGAGAAGAGCUGAAACUGUUGCUACCUCUUGCAGAUGUAGUUUUCAUCGGUAAAGACUUUGCCAAGUUCCAGGGCUGCAAGGAUGGGUUUGAUGCCCUCCAGAGGAACAUUGGCUUGGUAAAAAUGGGUGCCACGGUGGUGGUGGCGUGGGGAGAGAGUGGCGCAGUGGCUGGCACUACAGAUGGCACCGUAGUGGAAUCUGCGGCAUUUCUCAGCAGCUCAGUCGUAGAUACUCUUGGCGCUGGAGACACAUUUGUGGCUGCUACAAUACUCUGUCUGUCUCAAGGUAGGGGACUCAAGGAAAGCAUCACUACAGGCUGUCGCGUUGCUGGGGCCAAAGUUACUAAAGCUGGCUUUUCAGCUGUGAAUCCAAGUUUGAUAAGUGACCAUAUGACUUAGAAUUAAUUUAAUCAGAUAUCAGCUGUGAUAGUAAAUGCAUUGUUGUGAUAGGGGUUUCUUUCAGGUUUUAACUGUAGUAAGAAUAGUUUUAUAAGGGACACGUACAUGUUUUGUUGAUGACAUGAAACUGUAAAGUUAAAUGUAUAAUUGGCUGUUUUAAACAACACUGUUCUAUUGUUGAACAAAAAGAAAAUAAUCAGCUGUCUUUUGUGCACAUCUAUGUAUUUUUCUGCAUUUUUGUUAUUCCAAGAAGUAAUAUUAAACUAUAAUAUUUUAUUUUGCGCUAAAAAUUGUAUGAUUUUGUACAAACUUGUUUAAAAAUUUUAAACAACCAAACACAGUCCCUGUUCUGUAGUUGCAACUCUUUGUCAGCAAAAACAAAAGACCAAAUAAAAUGAUUUUGUUGUAAACCACAAAACUUGGGAAUAAACUGUGAUAUAGCUUUAUCGAGUAAUA